AUGAAGUUCCUACAAAACAUUAAAUUGUUAGUAGUAUCGUCUUUUAUUUCUAAGUAUUUUAUCUACAAAACUAAAUUGUUUGUGAAGCACCAACUAAUAGUAUCAUUACGAGAAUGCGGUAUGAAGCCAAUCGGUAGCAAUAGCCAGCGAUGGCUGUUACUGUCGUCGGUCAUUGUGGCAUUCCUGGUACAGGAAGUGAGGAAUGGGUUUGCCUGUCUCAGCAAUCCUUGCGUGCAUGGAGUAUGUUUGGAUGACAUCAAUUCAACCUACUUCUGCUACUGCAUAGACGGGUAUACGGGGAUACAGUGUCAAACUAACUGGAACGAGUGUUGGUCGUCACCUUGUCACAAUGGAGGGAUCUGCAUCGAUGGAAUUGCGAUGUUCAACUGUUCUUGUCCAGCGGGAUAUGCUGGUGAUUUAUGUGAAGAGGACAUCAAUGAAUGCGAGAGCAACCCUUGCUUGUACAACGGUACCUGUUUAGACGCACAAAAUGGAUACACCUGUAAUUGUAUGCCGGGAUACUCAGGUGUGCACUGUGAAAUUGAUGUGGCUGUUUGUAAUGCAACCAAUGAAACGAGGUGCUUAAACGGUGGAAUAUGUGAAGAGGGGCCAGGAGAAUCCUUUACUUGUUAUUGUCAACCAGGAUGGGAAGGGUUUUUAUGUAGCUCAGAAGCAGAUGAAUGCAUGUCAGCACCUUGUCAGAAUGGAGGUGUUUGCAUAGAUUUACUUGCUGACUAUUCUUGUGCUUGUUUGUUUGGCUUCACUGGUAAGAACUGCGAAGAGGCCAUUCAGAUCUGCGACGACAGCCCCUGCAAAAACGGCGCUCUUUGUCUGAUAGAGGAGAACCAUCCAGUAUGUUAUUGCGUUCCAGAUUUCCACGGUGAUUUAUGUCAGUUCCAAUACGAUGAGUGCCAGCUGGGACCAAGGUGCAUGAACGGGGGCACAUGUAUAGAUGGGAUCGAUAACUUCACCUGUUCGUGCCCACCGAAUCUAACAGGUGUUCUCUGCGAGUGCCUUAUAUUAGGAGAUAAUAAGUUGGACUGUACGUACGUAAGUCCGACACCGAUCGAUGUUUCAACCAUUACGUCAUCUUAUGACAUUACGACAAUAAAAAGCAAUACAUCCACAGCUGUUGUCACCACGGUCACAUCAUCGGUGUCUUUUGAAACCACUCAAGUGCCAACUACGACUGUCGCAAUACGAACUGACGCGACUGAGUUUUUUAAUGAGACUGUAGCUACUACCUUAACAUCGACUGGUUCUGAAGUUACUGCCCCAUAUACUUCCUUCACUACAGAACCGUCAACCACAUUUCAAACAACUAGUGUAACACUUGAGUCAGAUACUACUACUAGUGAGACAAUGUCGCAUACAGUUACUACUCUUCCUCCUAUUACUACUACAGAAAUAAUAGUCGUUACUACGGAACAACCUACAAGUACCACUAUGACGGUAUAUCCUGCUGUAGAAACAACAGAAUUAACUGUUGUUACCGAAGAAAGCACGGAAUUUCCUAUAACUUCUACUGAAACCGUUUUUACUACAGAAUUUAUUCCAGAAACAGAAUUCACAACACUGUCUCAAAAUCAAACGGUUUCAACUACAGAAUCCACCACCACAUCAAUCGAAUUUACCUCUUCUCCGGCUGUUACAAUUCUUCCACCUACUGUGCUGACAGAAACAACUAUUGUUGGAGAUACAACUACUUUCGUUACAGUUACCGACGAAAGAGAAACAAAUAGGACUUUUCCCGAUGUAGAAACUACUUAUUUUCCUUCUGUUACAACUUUCGUUUCUACCGAACCUUCAAAAGAAACAGAAAUGAGUACUUAUACAAGUACUACUUUCAUAACAUUUGAGACGACUACGUCCCUAUCCACAACUACGGUGAUUACUCUAGAUUGUACCAAAUUCGAGUCUCGUUGUCAGAAUGGCGGAACUUGUAUAUUUAUUGAUCAGGGACAUAAGUGUAUUUGCCCCUUUGACACUGAAGGACAGUUCUGUGAAAUCAAACUUGGUGUUAGAAAUGCUGCUUUUAAUGGCGAAUCCUACUUGUCCCACCGCUUGGUUAAUUUUUCACACAUAUUAAUAGAGUUUGAUGCCAAAACUAUGUCAGAUAGCGGACUAUUGUUUUAUGCAAAUGUGGAUACGACCUAUAUGGCAUUAUAUGUAGAAGGAGGUUUUUUAAAAUUUAAAUUUUCCUGUGGAUACCAAACAAUGUUACUCAGUGAGCUUAAAGUUCCCGUCAACAAUGGUUACACGAUGAAGAUAAGAGCAGAAUUGGAAUUUAGCAACGAUUUUAAACACUGUGAUGCUACAAUCAGGGUGAAUAAUAGUUUAUCAAUGACCGGAGACCAGACGGCUAAGGUGGAUCAAUUCUUGAAACCUUCAGCUUGGUUGCAUAUGGGUGGUGUACCUCAUGAAUUUUCCACCGAUAUAUUACCUGUAAAUGGUUUUAUUGGUUGUAUGGCAAAUCUUAAGAUUUCUAAUAAGUCAAUAAAUAUUUAUAAAGAUGCCGAAGAUGGAAUGGAAGUUACUGAGUGUUCCUCUUUAGCAUGUCUGUCCAGUCCGUGUCAUAAUGGAGCUUCUUGUACCACGGUAAAUGACUCUUGGCAGUGUCACUGUAAAAAUGGAUAUUUGGGAAAAACAUGUGACAUUUCAAUUUGCGACAAUAAUCCUUGCUUAUUUGGAGGUACUUGCAUUCCAUUUACAAAUAUGGGUUAUAUUUGUCUAUGUCCUUAUGGAAAACAUGGUCACUUUUGCGAAAAUGAUUUGAAAAUAACAGAACCAUAUUUUUCCUCGACUGUCCGGGGAUUGUCUUCUUAUGUGGCAUACCCAAUCCCUGAUGGUAUCUCCAAAAACAUGGAGUUAAAAUUUCGAUUCACCCCCACAUCUAUGGAGCAGAUUUCACUACUGCUUUUCGUUGGUCAAUCGGGUCAUCAUGACUUUUAUUCGGAUCAUUUAGCAGUGAGUUUUGUUAAAGGUUACAUUAUGCUGACUUGGAAUAUGGGAUCUGGUCCCAGAAGGAUAUUUACGUCUCGUCCCUUAAAGAAAGGCGCUAGAGAUUAUUUGGUGCGUUUGGGUCAUUUUGGUAGACGGGCCUGGUUAUAUGUUGAAAACUUAGGAAAUGUCACGGGAAGAUCACCAGGAAAUUUAGUGCAGUUGGACGUCAUGCCUGUAUUGUUUAUUGGCGGACACGAUUCUAGAAACUUUUCUCUGCUUCCGCACGAUUUACCUUUACAUACUGGAUUUUCGGGGUGCAUAUUCGACAUAGAAAUGAAAUCUGGAAGUGUGGUCAUACCCAUACAGGGGUCAGGUAAAACAUUUGGAAGAGCAGUGGGGCAGUGUGGGACAACGGAGUGUUAUGAUCAAAGCUGUGAGAAUGGUGGGGCUUGCCUACAUCAUGGAAGCACUUUUAUGUGCUUGUGUCAAGACAACUGGUACGGUCCUCUCUGUUCCUCAAAAAAUAAUCUGUGUGACUUGAGUUACACAAAAUGCGUUGAAACAUCGACCUGUGUCCCUUUGUUGUCAGGUUACGAAUGCGACUGUCCAUUAGGAAAAACUGGACAGUACUGCGGGAAAGACGAGAACAUUACUGAUGUGAGUUUGACUGGGAAGAGGUCUUUCAUUGCUUUACAUCCCCUCGAAUUCGAUAACGCCAAAUUCAAUAUUGAACUCGAAAUUCGAAUUUUGGAGGACCAAGGAGUAUUGAUAUUUAUAGGAAAGGCAACAUCGAGCUUCAUUUGUUUGUCACUACAGAAUGGCUUGUUAGAACUUAGAUUGCAUACAGGAAAAAACAAACUGACUACAACCAAUCUAGUCACCGUAAGAAGCUCUAAACUGCUAGUCAAAGGAGUGUGGCACAAAGUCCAGUUCGGACUCUUCGGUAGAAAAGUUUACUUGUCUGUUGACAACAUCAUCAAUACGGGAGUGACGGAACUAGGUCACCCCUUCAGCGUAUCCAAAGAAAGUGUACUCAUAGGAGGAUUCCCUGUUAUGUCCGAUUUUCCCCUCUCCGCCACCGAAAGCUUGCCCAUGCAUUUCAAAGGAUGUAUCAGACACCUGUCAAUAGACGACAAACACAUACCCCUAAAUUCUGAGAACAUAAAAUCCGCCCGAAAUGUAAUCGACUGUGACGGCACACCUUGUGGGGGUGAUGCGUGCUUAAAUGGGGGCACUUGUUGGUUGGAUUCAUUCAUGAAAGCCCACUGCUCUUGCAUUUCUCCCUACUACGGCGACACGUGCGAAAAUGUACCACAGUGCGAUGAGAAGAUGUGCAAAAAUCAGGGAAGAUGUUACAAUUCCAAGUGUUCGUGCAACAUCGGUUGGGCCGGAGCUUUUUGCGAAAAGGAGAUUGUUGUUAAAACCCCUGAAUUUGUGGGCAAUAGUUAUUUGAUAGUUAAAAGGAUCAGCGAUAAAAAAAGAGAUUUACGAGAUGUUCAAAUAAGGACGAUAUAUUUAAAUUUUACAACUGCCAAGCCGGACAGUUUGCUGGUAUGGAGUCAAAAGGACAAAGAUUUCAUUGGAUUAGGCAUAGAAAAGGGACUGCUAAAGCUCACAUACUCUUCAAUGAAGAACAACAAAAGUUUUGUAGAGAUACCCUUCUCAAAUCAAGUGUCCGAUGGCAUGUGGCACAUUAUCGAGAUAGGAUUUAAUCCUUUCAUUUUAAAAUUGGAUAAGAAACCUCUUGAAAUACAGAAGAAGCAAAACGUUAUUCUAGAAAAUACUACAGUAUCAACCAGCGGUGUGUUUUACAUUGGGGGUAUUCCAACGAAUACAACUCUAACGAACGAAACUGAUGGACUGUUUCUACACCCAUUUGAGGGAUGCAUUCAAGGUUUUGGAACGAAUGCAGAUGUUAUAACAGACUUUAGUCAAUACGAAGGUACAAAUAUACAGACUUGUAAAGUAGUACGUCAUUAG